AUGGAAUUUGCGCGAACCAGUGGAUUAAUUACAUCGGUUCGUCAGUAUGAGCAAACAUUGUGGAACUCUACAGUCUCUAAUAGUUGGUUUACCGAAGGUCUGGUUCAAGGAUCGCUGCUAUUAUGCGAUUUGAUCAGAAUAGGAGAAGAGAUUCGAUUUGCGAUUAAUCAUUAUUUCAAAACGUAUAAUAUGACCUUAUACGAGGCUAAGGACUUAUCACCGCGCAAGCUAACACAAAGUUUUAAGUUUUUCAGUACUAUAAAUGAUGCCGCGAGUUUCAGCAAAAAAUUAUUUAAAUGUUUAUUACCGGUAACAGACAAGAGGAAACUAACAUCAUCUUUUAAUUUGGAUCGAGCUCUUGCAAAUUUAGCGAAAGAUUCACCCGAUAACACUGUGAAAUCAUUUAAGUCCAGACUUGAUCGAGAAUUCGUUCGUUCUGUACCAAGUAACGGCACAACCAGUGAACAAUUGUACAUGCUGCUAUGUCAUUCACUUGUUGAAAGGGCCAGUCAUUACAGCGAUUGUAUCAAAGAGUUACGACGUUUCACAAUUUGCACGUCAUCAUCGAGUGAUCAAGACUCAAACAAAACAAUCGUUCAUCAUAGAUUUCUUGUCAAACCAUGGUUAACCGUUAUUGAACGUUUAAGUGAAUGUAAGAUUAAUAUUGAUAAAGAUGGCAAUCCAAAAAUUCGCUGCAAAUUCGCCGCAAAUCGAAGACUGCCGAAGACUACAACGCAGCAAGUGAAAUAUAUUUACGAGAAAAUUUUAGACCGACGAAUACCUAGACGGUCAUCUCUUUACCGUGUUGCGAAUGAACUCGGGAAUGUACUUUCCAGAAGCAUAUGGGGAAGCCAACUCACGUAUGACAUAUGUCAAUAUUUUAUGAUUUAUCAAGAAGGCUACAGAAGAUUGAAUACGCUUUCGAAAAGUGCCACUAAGGACAAGAGAGCGGCUAUGAGGUAUAAAAAGAUGGUUAUAUCAUUGAAUAUGUAUAAAAAUGGAAUAUUAAAAGAAACAAUGCUUGCUGUUGGAAAUUUUCAUUGUUCCGUGUUAGAGAUUCAAAAGUUUCUUAUUCACGGUAUUAGAAGCUCUUUUAAAGAGUCCUGGCACAGUCAUUCUAAAAUUCUCGUUUGCUUAUCUGAAUGGAUAACAAAACUUCUGGAAUUAUUUGGAUGUGCAAAUUUAAGUGAUACAGAUGUUGAUACAUCGAUUUCUACUGAUACUCCGCCGACUAAUAUGACAGAUAUGACAGAUUCAGACAGUGCAAGUAAUGAAUUUGAUGAAAAUAAUGAAAUGAGAUAUCUUGCUAUAUAUUCUAAGAAAGAUCAAAUAAGAAAAAAGGCCGAUAUUAUUUUUGAAAGACUAAUGCGUUCAAUGAAUGAUGUAAGUAGAAUGCGAAGCCAAAAUAACAAGAGCACUUUAGCCUGUCUCGCAAAUAACUUGCUAUUGGUCACUAUGUUCAUGGAAACAAUUAGUUUGGUUUCUACAUUAUUCUGUUUGGGGGAGCACAAAGAUGAAUCUAACAUCGAAGAAUUGGCGGAAGAAUGGCUCUCUUUACAUAAUUCACAUGGAUUUUUAUGCGGUGCCAGUAUAUUAUCGAGGACGUGGGCCAUCACUGCUCUUCAUUGUUUAGUACCGUCGACACAAUAUUAUGUACGGGCUGGAUCCAAUAAAACGGACAGAGGCGGGUCUGUGCAUAGGGUGACGAACAUUCAUGUAUACAACGACACAUAUCACUCUUGGUUCUCGAGGUUGUUGGAACACGAUAUCGCACUUUUUCAAGUAAAACCACCAUUUUAUUUUUCGAGAACCGUCCGAUCAGUUCGUUUACCAAGAUCAACCCACGAAAAAUCAUAUGAUGAACUAUUAGUUUGUGGUUGGGGAUACAUAAAUAAUAAAGAAGUGAAGAAUGCCAAAACUCUUAUGGGCGUUUAUGUACAGCAUGUUCCGUACGAAAUUUGUGUUAAUGCCACUUCCUCAUACGCAAUACUCGUCAAAGAUGACUAUCAUUUGUGUUACGGAACCCAAGGAAAAGAUGCGUGCUUCGGAGACUCUGGAGGAGCAUUGGCCAGUAAAAGAACAAUUUACGGCGUUGUAUCUUUUGGUCAUGGCUGUGGAAAAGUGGCUGGCGUUUACGUCAAAGUUUCGUAUUAUCGAGAAUGGAUUAAAGCUGUUGCAAAUUUGUGAUC